GAAAGUGCAGCUAAUUUAACGAUUUCGUCACCCGUCAUUGGGUGGGUGCGGUGAGUUUUCCCUCAAGCGCAGCCACCUGCUCACGUAGAGGAAAUUAUCAACCACAAUUCGGUUUUUUUUUUUUCGGUGAGCGUAGAGCCGUAUCUCAACAAUGGUCAACACGCGAGUAUAAAACCACCGAGCGCGGGACAGUUUGACAUCAGUACUCGACUAGCGCUCGGUAGACACAGUUGCAGCUAAAGCACAAAACCAACCAACCAACAAAAUGAUCAAGAUUGCUCUGAUUCUCGCCAUGGCAGUUGCCGUGUUUGGAUAUGGUCAUGAACAUCACGAUUACCAUUCGCAUCCCAGCUACAAGUUCGAGUACGGAGUGAAGGACCCGCACACCGGCGAUCACAAGAGCCAGUGGGAACAUCGGGAUGGAGAUGUUGUCAAGGGAGCCUACACUCUGCACGAGGCCGAUGGAACUGAGCGAGUGGUCGAGUACUCGUCCGAUAAGCACAACGGAUUCCAGGCUCAUGUGAAGCGUGUGGGUCAUGCCCAUCACCCUGAAGUCUACGGACACCAUGAGGGAGGUCACUCGUACGGUGGACACGGACAUGGACAUGCCAGUAGCUACGCCAAGCUUAACCAACAUCAUCUCGUUGUAUUCACUGUUGCCUGUCUGGCUGUGGCUGCGUCCGCCCAAUACUGGGGAGGAGCUGGCUAUGGCUAUGGGGCUGAACAUCAUGGUCAUCACGACUAUUAUUCGCAUCCCAGCUACAAGUUCGAGUAUGGAGUGAAGGACCCGCACACCGGCGAUCACAAGAGCCAGUGGGAGCAUCGGGAUGGAGAUGUCGUCAAGGGAGCGUACACUCUGCAUGAGGCCGAUGGAACUGAGCGAGUGGUCGAGUACUCGUCCGACAAGCACAACGGAUUCCAGGCUCAUGUGAAGCGUGUGGGUCAUGCCUUUCAUCCGGCGGUCUAUGGACACCAUGGAGGAUACUACGGAGGACACGGUCACGGUGCAGGAUACUAUGGAGGACACGGCCAUGGUGCAGGAUACAGCUACAGCAAGCUGGAUCAGCAUUUCUAA